AUGUCUGUGAGCGCGGCAGGUACCUGCAUUGUGUUUGUAGUCGUGGGUAACACGGUUGGCGGGCUCUUGAGCGGAUAUAUUGUCAAGGCCACGGGUCGAUACAAAGCCUUGACUAUUGUUGCCGCCUGCCUUGGCUGUAGUUGUUAUACGUUGGUUUUGGUCCGAUGGAGAGGGCAUACGGGACUAGCAGAGGCGCUAUAUGUCGCCCUCGGUGGCUUGGGAAUGGGGAUCACCCAGUCGGUAACCUUUGUGCAUCUUGCUGCCAGCCUGGAGCCCGAGGAGAUGGCCAUUGCUGGCACAUCAUGGUUUCUGUCGCAGAGCUUAGGCGUCCUUGUCUCGGCGAACAUGUUCAAUGCCGUCCAUGAAGUCUCUGUCACCAGGCUGAUGGAGCAGGCGCUGGAAGGAAAUUCGAGGAAAGACGAGAUCAUCAAGGGAGCCCUAUCCAGCAUUGCAUAUGUAUGGAGCCUCCCAGAGGCUCUACGUUUCAGCAUCACCCAAUCUUACGUCGACAGUCUGCUCUUCACGAAUGGCCUUGCUCUUGCUUUUGGAGUCAUAUCUCUGCUGCUUGCCUGCGGCCUCCGCGAACGUUCGUUGAAUACCUAA